CGCGCCGCCCUCCCUUUCGAUCCAGCCGCCGACGCCACAUCUUGAGUUCGUCGGAGAAGAUGGCCGGAAGGAAGGGCGCCGAGAGGAAGAAGGCGGUGACGCGCUCCGCCAAGGCCGGGCUCCAGUUCCCCGUCGGCCGCAUCGGGCGCUUCCUCAAGAAGGGCCGCUACGCCCAGCGCGUCGGCUCCGGCGGCCCCGUCUACCUCGCCGCCGUCCUCGAGUACCUCGCAGCAGAGGUCCUGGAGCUGGCCGGCAACGCGGCGAAAGACAACAAGAAGAGCCGCAUCGUGCCUCGCCACCUGCUGCUCGCCAUCCGCAACGACGAGGAGCUCGGCAAGCUGCUCGCCGGCGUCACCAUCGCCAACGGCGGGGUGCUGCCCAACAUCCAGUCCGUCCUGCUCCCCAAGAAGACCGCCGAGAAGGCCGCCGCCGCCGCUGAGAAGGAGUCCCCCAAGAAGAAGAAGAAGCCCGCCGCCAAGGAGUAGCCGCGCCUAGCCUACACAGCAUAGGGAGGGAGAAAAUGUGUUUUGGUUAGGUGUAUGUAUUGCCGGUACACAAGACAACAGCUGGUUGUGCUUGGUCUCAGUUUUUGCUAAUGGAAAGCUGAAUCGUUUAGUCCUUUC